AUGAAGAUACGUCAUGUAGUACUUAAAGCAGAUCGGCGCGAUGGCUGUGACUACCUCAGUGAAGAAAGUACGUUUGCCAUGGAUUCCCUAUAUACCAUGUUCAUUGGCUCGACAGGCUCAGAACCACCAGCGAUGGGCGACGCACUUUUGCUAAUGAAGGGGAGGCGGGUAUAUGAACGCACCAUGGUGCAACGUGAUAUGACGACCCUCCCUGCAGGGCGGUCUCCGUCCACCACACGAAGUUUUCGUCCCUCGUGCAUGCCACCAGAUCUGAAGGGUGGGAAACCAUCCGAGCAGACACGAAUGCGGACAGGCUCAGAACCACCAGCGAUGGGCGACGCACUUUUGCUAAUGAAGGGGAGGCGGGUAUAUGAACGCACCAUGGUGCAACGUGAUAUGACGACCCUCCCUGCAGGGCGGUCUCCGUCCACCACACGAAGUUUUCGUCCCUCGUGCAUGCCACCAGAUCUGAAAGGUGGGAAACCAUCCGAGCAGACACGAAUGCGGUUUGUGCUCUAA